AUGGGGACCAAGGCCCGUGCUCACAACAUGGGGGAGGACCCCAGACUCUCCAUGCCCGCUGAGCUGCAUCACCCACAUGCCAAGUUCUCAAACUGGAAGUUUAAGCUGUUCCGGGUCAAAUCCAUGGAGAGAGCCCCCCUGCCUGGUGAUGUGCAGCCUGAGACAGGGCCACUGGCUGGGGUGGUGACCCCAUCAGGCCUGGGGGAGACUGUGGAGGAGGUGGUGGGUCUCCCGGGGAGUGUGAUGAGCCUGUGUCUGGGGAGUAAGAGCAAGGAGAAUGUAGAGGGCCCAGAGCAGAGAGUGGAUCUGAAACUACAGGAGAUGGACACCCACAUGAACCACCUCAGGUGUCUGUGCCGUCUGUGUGGAACAGCGCUCAGGAAAGCCAAAGGUCCGGAGCAUGAGGUCCAGGGGUCUCUUGAUGAGGCCAGUAGGGGGGCCUUGCGCCGAAUGGGUUGCAAAGCCACCGUUUGGUCAGAGGUCAUCCUCAAAGUCUUCAAAGUGGAUGUGACGGGGGACUUGGAGACUCUCCACCCACUGUCCUUCUGCCACCGCUGCUGGACCGCGGCCAUGAGAGGAGGAGGCUUCUGCAGCUUCUCCAGAACCCGGGUCCCGGCAUGGAGACCCCACUCCCCCCUCUGUCCCCUCUGCCACCCCAGGAAACCCUCCCUCCAGCGGAGAGGCAGGAAGAGGAGAAAGCCCCCGCGUGGAGCUCAGCGUCUCACGAAGAGGACCAAGUGGGACUUGCAGGACAGCACAGCCACAGGGGAGAAGAAGGCAGGAAAACCAGGACCAGACCACCACCAAGGUCCUGGUAGAUGGGUAAGACCCAGCGCCCAAAAAGCCCAGUGGGUCAAGACCAUCACCCACUGCCAGCAGGAUCACUUCAGCGCCAGGCUUCUCCCCGACAAGCUCCCGGUGGACUUCCAGAACUCGGUCACCUGCCAGGUGUGUGACCACCUGCUCUCCGACCCCGUCCAGUCCCCCUGCAGACACCUGUUCUGCCGCGGCUGCAUCCUGAAGUACAGCCGAGUUCUGGGGGCCCACUGCCCGGCCUGCACCCUGCCCUGCUCCCCUGCUGACCUCACAACCCCCACCAAGGCCUUCCUGGCAGUGCUGCACUCUCUCCCCCUGCUCUGCCCCAGGGAGGGCUGCGGGGAGCUGGUGAGGCUGGAUCUGUUCAGGGCGCACUGUUUGGCCCACCAGCUGGAGGAGGAGGAGAAGGACCAGUGGCCCCCGGAGAGGAGUGCCAACAGCUACCUGCCCGUCAACAAGGGAGGAAGACCACGGCAGCACCUGUUAUCCCUGACGCGCCGCGCUCAGAAGCACCGCCUAAAGGACCUGAAGACCCACGUGAAAAUGUUUGCGGACAAAGAGGAGGGAGGAGACAUCAAGUCUGUCUGCCUCACGCUGUUCCUGCUGGCGCUGAGGGCGGGGAACGAGCAUCGCCAGGCCGACGAGCUGGAAGCCAUGAUGCAAGGCAGAGGUUUUGGCUUGCAUCCGGCAGUGUGUCUGGCCAUCCGGGUCAACACCUUCUUGAGCUGCAGCCAAUACCACAAGAUGUACCGCACGGUCAAGGCCACUAGUGGGCGCCAGAUUUUCCAGCCACUGCACACCCUACGCAAUGCAGAGAAGGAGCUCCUCCCUGGCUAUCAUCCCUUCGAAUGGCAGCCGGCCCUCCGGAACGUUUCCCCAGCCUGUCAGGUGGGCAUCAUCGACGGCCUGUCAGGAUGGACGGCUUCGGUGGACGACUCCCCAGCGGACACCAUCUCGCGGAGGUUCCGCUACGACGUGGCUCUGGUGUCUGCCCUGAAGGACCUGGAGGAGGACAUCGUGGAGGGCUUGAGGGAGCACGGCCUGGAAGACAGUUCCUGCACCUCCGGCUUCACCGUGACCAUCAAGGAGUCCUGUGAUGGCAUGGGGGACGUCAGUGAGAAGCACGGAGGGGGGCCGGCCAUUCCUGAAAAGGCCGUCCGCUUCUCCUUCACCGUCAUGUCCGUGUCCGUCCUGGCCGAGGGGGAGGAGGAAGCGGUCACCGUCUUCAGAGAGCAGAAGCCCAACUCGGAGAUGUCCUGCAAACCUCUCUGCCUGAUGUUUGUGGACGAGUCGGACCACGAGACCCUGACGGCCAUCUUGGGGCCUGUGGUGGCCGAGAGGAACGCCAUGAAGAACAGCCGCCUCAUCCUGGCCAUGGGCGGCCUCCCUCGCUCCUUCCGCUUCCACUUCAGGGGCACGGGCUAUGAUGAGAAGAUGGUGCGCGAGAUGGAGGGCCUGGAGGCCUCAGGCUCCACCUACGUCUGCACCCUCUGCGACGCCACCAGAGCUGAGGCCUCCCAAAACAUGGUGCUCCACUCAGUCACCCGCAGCCACGACGAGAACCUGGACCGCUACGAGAUGUGGAGGAGCAACCCCUACUCUGAAUCGGCGGACGAGCUGCGAGACCGGGUGAAAGGGGUCUCCGCCAAGCCCUUCAUGGAGACCCAGCCCACAUUGGACGCGCUGCACUGUGACAUCGGCAACGCCACCGAGUUCUACAAGAUCUUCCAGGACGAGAUCGGGGAGGUGCAUUGCAGGCCCAACCCGAGCAGGGAGGAGCGUCGGAGCUGGAGGGCGGCUCUGGACAAGCAGCUCAGGAAGAAGAUGAAGCUGAAGCCUGUGAUGAGGAUGAACGGAAACUUUGCCCGGCGACUGAUGACGGCGGAGGCGGUGGAGGUGGUGUGCGAGCUGGUGCCGUCGCAGCAGCGGAGCGAAGCCCUCAGGGAGCUGAUGAACCUCUACCUCCAGAUGAAGCCUGUCUGGCGCGCCACGUGCCCAGCCAAAGAGUGCCCCGACCAGCUGUGUCGCUACAGCUUCAACUCCCAGCGCUUUGCUGAUCUCCUCUCUUCCACCUUCAAGUACAGGUACGACGGGAAGAUCACCAACUACCUCCACAAGACUCUGGCCCACGUUCCUGAAAUCAUAGAGAGAGAUGGCUCCAUCGGGGCCUGGGCCAGUGAGGGGAACGAGUCGGGAAACAAAUUGUUCAGGCGGUUCCGAAAGAUGAAUGCCCGCCAGUCCAAGGCAUUUGAGCUUGAAGAUGUGCUGAAACACCAUUGGCUCUAUACCUCAAAGUACCUACAGAAGUUCAUGGAAGCUCACCGCAAUUCUGCAAAGGCUUUUCAGGCAACCAUCGACCCAGUGGAAACACAAGAUGAUACUGACAUGUCCCUGGAUGUCCCAGAUUUUUUAUAACACUGAUAUCCUGAGUG